AUGCUCGGCGGAUUGGAUGUCGUCUUGGUAGGCCGACCUUGUGCUGACACUUUCUGUACUUUAGACGUUUCCUCCUCCCGGCGCAAGUCGCGCAAGGCGCACUUCGCCGCCCCCUCGUCUGUCCGCCGCAAGAUCAUGUCCUCGGCGCUCUCCAAAGAGCUCCGCGGCAAGCACAACGCACGGUCACUACCCAUCCGCAAGGACGACGAGGUGCGGAUCGUGCGGGGAAAGUACAAGGGUCGGGAGGGCAAGGUCACGCAGGUGUACCGCAAGAAGUGGGUGAUCCACGUUGACCGUGUCCAGCGCGACAAGUCGAACGGCGCGACGGUACCCAUUGGCAUCCACCCCAGCAAUGUUGUCAUCACUACGAUCAAGCUGGACAAGGACAGGUAUGUAAAAGCACACUCGUUGUCUGUCCACCCUCUGAGGGCACAUGGCUGGUGCAGGCGGGCAAUUCUCGACAGGAAAGACCGCAAGAAGAACGGCAAGUCGGGUGAGGAUGUGGAGAUGGUUGACGUGAGUCAGUCCCUCAUGAAAGUGAUUGUGUUUUCUGACUCUUGA